AGCAGUUUUAGCUUCAUACUGUACUGUCUUUGGAGGUGUCUAUCGAUGGUACAAACUCUGUGAUUGUUACCUCUGCCUUUUCUCUUCUACUUCCGUAAACAUACCGUUUACAGGAAGUGACACUAUAGUAAAUACCACCGGAACGGAAGUCCAUGUUGCGCGCCAAAUUUGUUGUCGUGUUGCGUUUGACUUCGCUUUCAAGAUUUUUAGAUAAUAUAUAUAUUUUUAUAUAAGUGCUGAUAAGGAACCAGGACUGCUAAAAGACUCAAGCAUGGCGGUACCUUUUGUGCAGGACUGGGACCUGAUCCAGACGCUGGGAGAAGGAGCGUAUGGAGAGGUGAGGCUGCUGGUGAACAGACAGACAGGAGAGGCUGUAGCGGUGAAGGUUAUUGAUACGUCUCAGGGGAAGGAGUGUUCUGAGAACGUCAAGAAAGAGAUCUGCAUAAACAAGGUUCUGUCCCACUCUAACGUAGUGCGUUUCUUCGGCCACCGGAGGGAGGGGCCGACUGUCUAUCUGUUCCUGGAGUACUGCAGCGGUGGAGAGCUAUUCGACAGGAUUGAGCCUGAUUUGGGGAUGCCAGAGAGAGAAGCUCACAGGUUUUUCCAGCAGUUGAUGGCAGCUGUGGAAUAUCUCCACAGUGUAGGUAUCACCCACAGAGACAUCAAGCCCGAGAACAUUCUCCUGGAUGACAAAGACAACCUGAAGUUGUCAGACUUCGGUCUAGCUACGAUGUUCCGUCACCGUGGGCGAGAGCGGCGUCUGAACAGGCUGUGUGGAACGCUUCCGUACGUCGCGCCUGAGCUGCUCAGCAAAUUAGAGUUCAACGCUCAACCAGCUGACGUCUGGGCCUGUGGCAUCGUCCUCACCGCCAUGUUGGCUGGAGAGUUGCCGUGGGACCAGCCCAGCGAGAGCUGCCAGGAAUAUUCUGAUUGGCUGCAGAAGAAGACCUACCUCUCCCCCUGGAAGAAGAUUAAACACACACCCCUCAGCCUCCUAUCUAAACUACUCCAGGCCUUGCCAGAAGAGAGGCUGUCUAUCUCUGAUCUCAAGACCGACCCAUGGUUCAGUCAGACCUUCACACCCUUAGCCUCUCACAACAAACUACUACUCUCUGACAGACUACUACUACACAGGAACAACAGUGAUAGGGUGCAGUUCUCCAGCUCCCAGCCAGACCCAGCGCUCGGUGUGUGGGAGGGAAGUGUGUGUGUCGGAGUGCAAGACCAGGUCAGCUUCUCUCAGCCGGCCAGACCAGACAACAUGCUGCUGGGGAGUCAACUACUGGGCACGCCUGGAGCCAGCCAGACCCCGUGGCAGCGGAUGGUUCGGAGGAUGACGAGGUUCUUUACGACUCUGGACUCUUCAGCUUCCUGCUCCGCUCUGAGGGACACCUGUAUCGACCUGGGCCACACCUUCAAACACACCUGCACCAACCAGGUAACAGUCAGUACUCUGGAUAGACGGAACAAUAAGUUGAUAUUUAAGGUUCAUCUGAUGGAGCUGGACGAGAGAGUUUUACUGGACUUCAGACUAUCCAAGGGCGAUGGUCUGGAGUUUAAGCGUCUCUUCCUGAAGAUCAAACAGAAGCUAAGUGAUAUCAUCAGUACCCAGAGAAUACCACUUCCUGUCACAUGAUCAGUUGCCAUCUACGUCAUGGAACACACACACCAGAAGAGAUCAGGCGUGUGUUUUACUAUCCUCAUGCGUACCGGAAAUCCCCAAAAAUUCCCCACCAGGAUAAUUCUUAUUCGCGGGGACAUUUCCCAGGUUCCUGUGAGGAUAGCUUAAAAUGGUCUAGGGGAAAAGGAUUUUGAAUGAAAUGCAGGUCC